CGGCCCCGCCCUCGGCCGGAGGUCUGACUUGCGCCUGCCCAGUCUGUUAGUCUCUUUCUCCUUCACAGUGCCCCGCUGCGCCGAACAGCGUUGAGAAACUCAGCACACUCCGCCCCAUAAAUAAAGAGACAUGGCAGAGAGAGAAGUGGCGAGUAUGGUGCAGCAGGACAAGACAGGAAAAGGCAAGCAGGCAGAGAACAAAGGCCACUGUGUGACAUGUCAGCAACACGCACCCAAGGGACAUGGCACAAUGGCCGUCCCUCCUGCAUACUCUGACUUGGGAAAAUCUGCCAAAGACAUCUUCAACAAGGGCUAUGGCCAUGGAGUUUUGAAGCUGGAUGUUAAGACCAAGUCCCAGAGUGGCGUUAUGGAGUUUGCCACAUCUGGUUCCAGCAACACAGAUACAGGGAAGUCAGGCGGUCACCUGGAGACUAAAUACAAAGUGAAUGAGCUUGGCCUCAGCUUCAACCAGAAAUGGAAUACAGACAACACUCUCACCACAGAAAUCACCAUGGAGGACCAGCUGGCUAAGGGCUUGAAACUUGGUCUGGACACAUCAUUUGUGCCCAACACUGGCAAGAAGAGUGCCAAACUGAAGACUGGCUACAAGCGUGACUAUGUCAAUGUGGGCUGUGACCUGGACUUCGACAUGGCUGGUCCCACCAUCCAUGCAGCUGCUGUGCUGGGCUAUGAGGGCUGGCUGGCUGGCUACCAGUUGUCUUUUGACACUGCCAAAUCUAAACUGACCCAGAACAACCUUGCCCUUGGAUACAAGGCUGGUGACUUCCAGCUUCAUACCAAUGUCAAUGACGGCACAGAGUUUGGUGGCUCAAUUUACCAAAAGGUGAACAGCAACUUGGAGACGGCGGUCCACCUGGCCUGGACAGCUGGCAGCAACAACACACGCUUUGGAAUUGGGGCCAAAUACCAGCUGGAUAAGGAUGCCUCCCUGUCUACCAAAGUUAACAACGCCUGCCUUGUUGGAGUUGGAUACACACAAACUCUCAGGCCAGGAGUGAAACUCACCCUCUCAGCUCUGAUUGAUGGCAAGAACGUGAAUGGCGGUGGACACAAAGUCGGCAUGGGCUUCGAGCUGGAGGCAUAAAGAUUUAGCAGGAGGACAAACAAGGAGAGUGGGAGGAAAGCAACACAGGAGAAGAGUAAAGAGCCCAAAUAAGACAACACCACAAAAGUCCACUCAGUGGCACAUAAACACGUAUCCCCUACACAGAGUCCUACACACAUAUGCACACAUUCUUUGGCCUUAACCCUGAAACCCCAAGCAGCCUCCAAGACCUCCAGUACUGUAAUUUUUCAAGAAAUCAAGCAUUAUUUUGUGUUAUCUAUUUUUACAUGUUACACUAUUCACAGUUCCCACAACCAAUUUUUGAGCAAAUAUUAUAUAUAUCAUUCAAAACCCCAAAUCUCCAAAUAAUGUGCUACUUAUGACCAGUUUGACUAGACAAAGUGCUCUUUUAAUAGAGCAUUUGUCUCAGGCAUUUCUGUGUUCUUUCUGAAAUAAGAUAUAAAGCACCUUCUUAUUUUGACUGUGUGGUCAGGUAAUUUUUGUUCAGAUAUAUUCUGGGUUUUAGACCUUAAUAAGAUCAUUAGAGGAUGCUUGUUUUGGUAUAUUGUUUCAAGGCUAGAGAGAAGUUUUUGGCUUCAUUGUCAUUCAUUGACAAGUACAGUGACUUUAAACAGAUGCAAUAAAAGCUGAGAGAGAAUUAAGCAGAAAAGACAAAGAGCGGCUGAUCCUUCUUAGGUUGAGUGGACUGACUUUGAUCCCACCAUCUGACCUCAGUAACACAGUUAUAAACUGUGAACCGUUAAUUGCCAAAAUGUCUAUUUUUCAGGUCCUGUUUGGUAAAAAGGGCUGAUGGCAAUUUGGAGCUCUGUGUCACCUCUUUGUCAUGUCUCGUUUUGUGUCCUGUACCUGUUCAAUCACUACACUUCACUUUAUCUGUGCUGUGCUUUGUAUAGGAAAGUUAGUCAACAGUUAGGACCUCAAACUAAUUUUAUUGAAUUGAUGGAAUAAAGAAUGUAAAACUUCAUAAUAAUAGUGGGUGUUUUUUGUAAAAUUUUUGUUGACAUAUAACAAUGAAGGAAGAGAAAUUUGCCCUCUUUCCCAGAAAAAUGGAAAUUAAUCAUUAUUCAUCACUUAAAAUAAAAAAAACUAUUCAAUAUACAAAAUUCAAUUUUGUUUUAGAAAUGACAGAAAUGUCUUACAUUAUUACAGCAUGGAGUAUGUACACACAUAGACAUCAAGACAUCACAGACACUUGAUAAUGUAACUUCUCUCAUGACUUUGUAUGAUCUAUAUGUAGUAAAGUCUACCUGCAGUAGUUGGGAUUAAGAU